UCUCUUUGGAUGUGAAUGGGCCGUGUGGUGUGUAUGUGGUUUCCAAACAAUGAAAAUCUGAUAGAGAGCACUUGCAAGAGAACACCCAACUACAAUCUCUGCCUUCAAACACUGAAGGUAAGCCCUGGAAGCUCCACAACUGAUGUCUCGGGGCUGGCUCUUAUCAUGGUCAAAGUGAUGAAAGCCAAAGCAAACGAUGCCUUGAAAAUAAUCCAUGACUUGCAGGGGAAGGGAGCAGGACCUAAGCAGAGAAGAGCCUUGAGUUCUUGUGCCAGUAAAUACAAAGCAGUGUUGAUAGCUGAUGUUCCACAAGCCACCGAGGCUCUGCAGAAAGGAGACCCCAAGUUUGCUGAAGAUGGAGCCAAUGAUGCUGCUAAUGAGGCUACCUUUUGUGAGAGUGAUUUCUCUAGGAAUUCUCCACUCACCAAACAGAACAAUGCUAUGCACGAUGUUACUGCUAUUACUGCUGCUAUUGUUAGAUUGCUGCUCUAGAUUUUCAACUUCCUCGAACC